CAUACGACCACCGCUCCAGCGAUCACAAUACGCUUCGUCAUUGGAUUACGUGGCACCUACUGCGGCAAUGGUCGACCCAGAUGCAAUCAACUACAACUACCCCUCCCCAGGCCUCUCUAAUGGACUGCAUAGCUUGGCUUUGGCGGCAGAUGAGCAUCGUCGCCAUUCUGAAGAGAAGUUGACUGCCCGAUCUCCCUCCUCGGACACGAGCUCAGACUCAAAAACGCCGUAGCGGCUGCCUUUCGCCCGGUUCGGCCCUACUAGCCGACUGGAUCACCGUCACUUUCCCUCAGGUUGAGCAACAGGAAUGUUUUCAAGCAAUAUACCCCAAACACUGUUUUUCGAAAGAUGCCGCAACAAGCAAGAUAAUGGGCGACACGGCCUGGCGUCUCCUCUCAGCAGAGAUGCAAGGAUUUCUCCUGGUUCGAGAACAUGAACGUGUGCCGUCGAAGAUUAGUUGGAGGAACAAAACAAGCGGACUACAGCAGUCGCGCAGCUUGCGAAGAUAGUUUAUGUUUUGACGAAGCCCACUCUGCUACGAUAGCUUGAGAGAGGGACAGGCAAUCAGCACAGGAUGCUUGGUAGAGGCGAAUUUGGGCCACCAACGAGAGAAAGUCGCCUUGAGUCUUUAGUGCGAGAGUAUUGCGAUUCGCGAGUUACAAAGAAGAUACACAGCGCAAACGCAAAGCGCAAUUAGGUACAGAUCUACCUAACACCUGAAUAACAAUGCAAACAGUCAUGCAAUUGC